GUGGAGUUAUAGGACAGCAAGAGGUCUUGGCUGUGUCGUCCACGCGGCCACUCCAGUUGCCAGCGCCCCGACGGCACCCGCCCUCCAGUUCGCGGAUGCUGAGUUGAGCGCGGCGGCAGCAGCGGGAUGUUGGCGCUAUUGGCCGCCGGUGUGGCGCUAGCCGUGGUCGCCCGGGCCCAGGACAAGCCGGUGCCCGGCAACCGCUUCGUAUGCACCGCGCUGCCCCCGGAGGCUGUGCAUGCCGGCUGCCCGCUACCGGCGAUGCCUAUGCAGGGCGGCGCGCUGAGCCCCGAGGAGGAGCUGCGGGCCGCGGUGCUGCAGCUGCGCGAGACCGUCGUGCAGCAGAAGGAGACGCUGGGCGCCCAGCGCGAGGCCAUCCGCGAGCUCACGGGCAAGCUGGCGCGCUGCGAGGGGUUGGCAGGCGGCAAGGGGCGGGGCUCGGGGGCCACGGGCAAGGACACCAUGGGCGACCUGCCGCGGGACCCUGGCCACGUCGUGGAGCAGCUCAGCCGCUCACUGCAGACUCUCAAGGACCGUCUGGAGAGCCUCGAGCUCCAGCUCCGCACCAAUGCAUCCACCACAGGGCUGCCCAGUGACUUUAGAGAGGUGCUCCAGCGGCGGCUUGGGGAGCUGGAGAGGCAGCUGCUUCGCAAGGUGGCAGAGCUUGAGGAUGAGAAGUCUCUGCUCCACAAUGAGACUUCCGCUCACCGGCAGAAGACUGAGAGCACCCUGAAUGCACUGCUGCAGAGGGUGACCGAACUGGAGCGAGGAAACAGUGCAUUUAAGACACCAGAUGCAUUCAAAGUGUCCCUCCCCCUGCGCACCAACUACCUGUAUGGCAAGAUCAAGAAGACAUUGCCUGAGCUGUACGCCUUCACCAUCUGCCUGUGGCUGCGGUCUAGCGCCUCACCAGGCAUCGGCACCCCGUUCUCCUAUGCCGUGCCAGGGCAGGCUAACGAGAUUGUGCUGAUAGAGUGGGGUAACAACCCCAUUGAGCUGCUCAUCAAUGACAAGGUUGCACAGCUGCCCCUGUUUGUCAGUGACGGCAAGUGGCACCACAUCUGCAUCACCUGGACGACGCGGGACGGCAUGUGGGAGGCUUUCCAGGAUGGAGAGAAGCUUGGCACUGGGGAGAACCUGGCACCCUGGCACCCCAUCAAGCCAGGCGGGGUGCUGAUCCUUGGGCAGGAACAGGACACUGUGGGGGGCAGAUUUGAUGCCACACAGGCGUUCGUGGGAGAGCUCAGCCAGUUCAACAUCUGGGACCGCGUCCUUCGUGCGCAGGAAAUUAUCAACAUCGCCAACUGCUCCACGAACAUGCCAGGCAACAUCAUCCCCUGGGUGGACAACAACGUGGAUGUGUUCGGAGGGGCUUCCAAGUGGCCGGUGGAGACGUGUGAGGAGCGCCUCCUGGACUUGUAGCCAUCUUCUCUCCACCGGAGGCCAGGACCAGGCCAUCCCUGUUGGGAUGUCAGGGCCACUUACUCCCCAGUUGGACUGUGUAAAACCUCUUGCCCCAAUGGCUGGGACCCUGAAACCUGUUCCCAGGAAUCUCUAAGUCUGACACCAUGUGGCAUCGUUUGUCACUGGCUUAUUUGUUCCUUCCCAAGAUUUUGGUUUUGGGGGUAGAGAGGUAGUGCCAGAAUCCCCUGGGUAGGAGCCCCCAGCCACAAGUGGGCAAAUAGCUGACUUCCUGCCGGAAGUGAUGUCCAUAAGCCCCUCUCCAGACCUGUGUAAAUGCUAGCACAGCCCAGUCCUGCCUGUCCUUCCAGAUCCCUGGUGUCCUGCGUGCACCUUCUGUGUGUCCCUUGUGUGUAAAGUGCAUCCCUGCUGUCAGCUGAGCACGCAGCAAAAGCAGUCCCUCCCGCCCCGUGUCCUGUGCAUUGAGACUGUCGCUGUGAGAAAGUCUAGCUGGUGGAGGGCCAGAUGUCCAGACAACCCCUGUCUUUCCCAAAACAAGGGGAGGGAUGGGGUGGGGGUGCUGCCUCCUGAGGGGGCCCAGGAGAAGAGCCACAACAGCUGUCCCUGCCCUCUGCCACUACUUCCUCAGACCCAUGCUUUGAUGGAAUCACUCAUCUGGUGCCAAAAGUUCGUGUGCAGCUUCUACAACCAUUCAGUGUGGCCUGGGGGCUUUAUUUUUCCCCAUCAGAGAAUAGCCAUGAGAAGGCUCUCAUUUUUUACAUUUUGCCCACUGUGAGGAGUGUGUCUGUUUUUAAUCCACUGGAUUCCUGUAAGCAUCUGUCCCCAUGGGUUGUUUCCCCAAAGAACUUUGAAGAAAAUGGAUGUCAUUUAGCCAACACUUGCUCAGUGACUCCAAGAUGCUUAAUAUAUUGUAAUUUAUUUUAAAGAGAAUGUGAUUAUGUGGGGAAAUUUAUAAAGCUAAAUAUUAUAUAUUUUAUUUUUCAUACCUGUUUGAAGUGCGAAUUUGUGGAAAUUCCAUUCGUAGGACCAAGUUGACACGCCCAUCCUGACAUUGUACGCCACAAGAACUCUGCUGAUGAUGGAAUUUUGAUUAAAGUGCAC